UUCAAGAUGCAUGCUAAACGCCAAGGAAGAGCUUGGUACCACUGGUACGCCGAAGACGAUUCGCCCGAGGAGAGAAAGCUUAUCAUCAAACUCGACCUCCUCAUUGUUCCAUACGCAGUCAUUGCAUACUGGAUCAAAUAUAUAGAUCAGUCGAAUCUCACAAACGCCUAUGUCUCAGGUCUCAAAGAAGACCUUGGAUUUAACGCCAACCAGCUCGUGAAUCUCAAUGCAAUGUACAUCGCUGGAGCUGUUAUCGGACAGCUGCCGUUCACCUUUGUCUUCCCGAUGUUUCCUAUGAAUUACACCAUUCCGGCUUUGGAAGCGGGGUGGGGCAUUUUUACGCUCUUACAGUAUCGUGCCCAGGGAUACGGGGAGUUGAUGGCUUAUCGGUUUAUGGUUGGUAUUUUCGAGGCUGCUUUCUUUCCUGGGGUUCAUUAUGUUUUGGGAGCCUGGUAUCGAGGCGACGAGCUUGGUCGCCGUGGGGGCGUCUUUUAUGUGGGUCAGAUGCUGGGGACUUUGACCGCGGGGUUCAUUCAAUCCGGAGCAAGUGCUAAUCUGGAUGGUGUAAGAGGCAUGGCAGGGUGGAGGUGGAUGUUUAUCAUCAGUGCCCUCAUGACAAUCCCCGUCGCCAUUGCUGGGGUUUUCGUCUGGCCCGGGACACCAGCGAAACCAAACAAGCUUUUUCUUUCAGAUGCCGAGUUAGAACUGGCUAUCAAGCGGCUCAAGGACGUCAAAUCAGAUACGGAUGAAAGGAUCAAGCUAACCCGUUUGCAACUUCUACGUAAAAUUGCCACGGAUCGGAGAGUGUACGCCCUUACCAUCUGGGAUAUCUUCUUCUGGAACGCGGGAUCGAGUGGCUACGGAGGAUACCUCCUCUGGCUCAAAAGCCUCAAGCGCUUCUCCACCCCUAAGGUCAAUCAGCUAGGAACCACCGCGCCAGCACUCGGCAUAUUUUACGUGCUGUUUGUCAACUUCAGCUCCGACCUCCUCUGGGGUCCUAGCGGUGCUAUUGCCUUCGCUCACGCCUGGAACUUUACAGCAAUGAUUAUCCUCGCCACGUGGAAUGUGCCAGAAUCCGCUAAAUGGUUUGCGUUCAAUAGCACCUAUACGCAGGUUGCGAUGAGCAGUGUUCUCUAUGGUUGGGCCAACGACAUCCUCCGCCACGACGCAACGGAACGUUCUGUCAUUCUGACAUUUAUGAAUUUGUUUGCGCAGAGUACUACGGCUUGGACGGGCGUGUUGGUCUUCCCUACCAGUGAGGGUCCGAGAUUUCUCAAGGGGUGGACUUUCUGUGCGGUGAACUCUUUUCUAUUAGUGAUUUUCACUUAUGCCGUGAUUGGGCCAAUGGCUCGGAGACAGGAAAGGAAGUUGGAUUCUGAGACUAGUAGUGUUGAGGAACCCCGGGAUACGGAACGUGAAAGGGAUUUAGCAAAGGGUCCAACGGAG